AUGAGUAGUGUUACUGUUCAGUGCAGUAUUGCCUCGCUAGCUGAUUUAGUUUACCGUGAUGAUGCUGCUUCUUCUACAGACAGCAGUAAUCAAAGAUUCGUCGUAGUGCCCAUCGCGGAGUUACCACUCAGUUACAGUGCCUUGAAUUCGCCAGAAAUACUGUAUCUUGACUCUACAAAUCAGAUACUUUUGCGGUGUGUAAAUGGCGUGACAAUGAUUUUUGAUGCAACUUUCGAAAAUUCAUUACCUCUCGCUACGUAUCGUCUCAAUCCUAAUGCUAGGAUGAUUUAUUAUAAGCAUAGUGGUACGUUGGCAAUCGCAGAUUCCAAAAUGCUUUGCUUUCGUCGCGACUACUGUGGUACUUUCCUUCUUAAAACAGCACUGAAAAGACCAUCAGCUAAAACUGUUUCUGUUGAACUGCCAUUAGAUGAGGCAACAAAAUUCCUGCAAGUAGUCUCAAAUGAUUCUGAUUCGGAAGAAAUUUUGAAACAGCGAGCAGCUUUGCGUAUGUUCAUAUCACAUUUGCGCACUGCGACAGCCGAUUUGUCUCUGAACAGCUUAGAAUCAGUAGUGGUUGAAGUGAAUGGCAAAGAAAUGCUUGAACAGUUGCGAUCUUCGGGAACUUUUGUGGGAAACAGUGGUGUGGAAAUACCACGGGAGUGGAUGACAUUUCUUUGGCCCUUUAUAUCAAUGCUUGCUGAACGUGUGAGACUGAUGAUGUAUCCUGAUCGUCCUUAUAACUUUGACUAUACGCAAGAGUGGAAGGGUCUCAACAAAGAAAUUAUGGCAAGUGAAGCAGCUCGACGGUUUACGUUUCAUCGCUGGCCUCACAUGGAUUAUAAGCAGGCUUUACCUUCUCAGAUGGCUGAAGCAGGAUUUUAUCAUCAGCCUAAUACCACAUGCGAUGAUCGCGUUCUGUGCUUUUCUUGUUUUGUUUGUCUUGUAUGCUGGGAACCGUCAGAGCAUGAGCGCCAUUCUCCGAAUUGCCGCUUCGUUCGUAAUUAUACGAAUCCAAAUGUUCCACUGGCCCUCACAAUGUCAGCUCUUUCACCAUUUGUGCAUCAUUUACAAGUGAGUCAUACUUCUUCACUGGUGUUUUCCGCAGGAAACGGUGAGUGGGUCGCUGUUGCAAGCAGAGAAUCUCCUGACAUACAUCUGUGGCAGAUGGGUAAUGUUAUACAGGUAAAACAGUGGUUCACUCUAAAUUCAGAGAAAUUUUUCUCUGCUGUUUUGGAUUGCACAUCAGAAGGAAUUGACCACACUCUUCGGAAGCCACAAAGAGUUACAUGGAGUGAUGAUCUCACAAGUUUAAAAAAAUCUUUUUGUAUAUAUCAAAAUAUUACAGGGUUUUCGUACGAUGAAUGCUCAUUAAAGCCAGCAUUAGCUGCUUUGCUCAUCGAUGAUAAUUGUGAAACAGUCAUAACAGCACUUUGUACAGUUGGAAGACCUUGUUUAAUUGAGCACUCUUGCAUAGGUGCUAUGACGAAAAAGUUAUCAGAACAAAGUCAAACCUUAGUCGUUGUUGCAGUUUCAGUAAAUGACUCAAAAUUGAACAGAGUGCGUCAACAAAAUCAGAGCAGCAUAGAAGAUGAGAUAACCACUUUGAAUACAAUGAAUCGAGCACGGGAUUUCAUUGAUGCACCACCCUGGAUUGUUAAUAAAUCGCGAUUGGUCGAUGACGGCAUGAGUUCUGGUGUUCCUCUUCGUCCUUUCUUGGCUCUUUAUCAACUUGAUUGUGCUGAAUUUUCUAGUUGUCGUGCACGAUCAUCAUCUGUGCACUUAGAGAAUUCAAAAUCAUUGGGUAGUAAAGUAGCACAUUCUGAUGCAGACGAUGCUGAAUUCGUAGCACAGAUAUUGAUGAAUACCGGUGAUCCUGAUGUAUUGGAAUGGAGUGGUUCUACGUAUGCAGAACAAUCUGGUUUUGUCGACAUUCCUAAUGACAUCUUAAUGGGUGCAGUUGUAGAAGAUAGUGAGAUGCGAGGUGGUCCAUCAAAAACUGAUGCAAAGUAUGAUGAAAAAGCAAAAUAUGUGCCCAUAACUUAUGAAGCACCAUCAUUGGACAUAUCAUUCGUGCAGUGCUUCAAUUUGCCGACAGCAAUUAAUAAUACUUCAAUGGAAAUAUCAACAGUACUUCCUAUGCGAAGUAUGUUUUUAGUAGUUGUAGUCAACAGCAAAGAGGAUACAACGUCCGCCAUUCAGUCAGCAAUACUAUUAUAUCUUAUAAAUUUUGGAAAAAUUACAAUCACCGUACAGAAAGAACCGAUAAAAGCUUACUAUUAUAACGAUUUCCGAAUUGCGCAGUUCUCUCUGGCAAAUAUGGAUUUUAUUCAUACAUCUCAUGGGUCAUUAAAUUCUGUUACUGGUGAUUACUUUGAUGGCGCUGUUAUUCGCACCGCGAAUGAUAUGGUUUAUUUUAUUGACUUGAACACCAAUAGACUGCAUUUGUUAUGCGAUGAAAAGGUAUCGCAGUUUACAGUAAUGGAAAGUGGAAAAGUUACAUUGUUGACCAAAAAUUCAGGAAAAUUCAUAACCGUCCAAGUUGAACAAUUAAGUACACACCAUAUAAACUAUGAUGAUGAAGAUCUUACUGUUUCAUCAUUGUUCAACAGGAUGACCGAUUCUCAGAAAUCAGAAGCACCAAAAGGUUUCGAUCGAGAAGAGCAGAAAGUCAAAAAUGCAUUCUCCGGCGAUAACACAAAUAUACUAUCAUCCGAUUAUCUGUCAUUAUCAGGUUUGCGGAAGAUAUGGAAAUUAACGAGAAGCGAUAUUGGGGGACCAAUAAGAAACACUGCGUAUCGAUCUCCACACCAUCUUGGUGGACAACUUGGAUAUCAUCUUAUUCCACCUCCCGGAUGGAAUGAAAUACCGGUAACUCAGCGUAUCAGAAAAUGUUUUAUUGAAAGUCCACUAGUGGAAGGGAUGAUUAGAACUUGGUUUCAUCAGUCAGAUGUUCAUCGCUCAAGCAAUAUACAUAUUUUUGAGCUGGUGCACCUUCAGCAUGGAUUGCGACUUUCACAUGUUGAUGUUUCCCUCGCGUUCCAUGAUUCAUGUGUCGCUUGCCCGGAUAUAGAAUUAAGGUUAUACCGUCAAAAAUUAAAUUGUGAUAUUUUAUCUUCGUCUUCAAGACCACACAAGAAAACUUCGUUCUCUGGAAAUAUCGAUUUGGACGAAAUAGAGACAAAAUGCGAUUUAUUGGCAGGCCCUUUUCAUUGUGCCGAGAAUAUUGAUUUCAAUUGUCGAUCCGCCAAGAUACAAUUACCAGGAGUUGUUUUCUUACCUCAGCCAGUCCAAAAAGGUGGUGUUGUGAUUGGAUUCAAAUCAAUUUCAUAUUAUUUUGUUUUGAGAGCCCUCUCAGAUUUUUCCGUUGAUCAGGCAAUUACUAUGGUUAAGAUAUGCGAACGCAACAAAUUUAAAACGUCGAACUCAGGCGCUUCAGAUAAAAUAAAGGCAGCUUCAAAACGUCGUAUUGAUGAUGAUGAACACACAGAAUCAGUAUUAAAUGAGAACAGCACUACACAUGGAUUAACAAGUCGACGAGGAAUCCAGUGGAUAGAUGAACUGAUAGUGACUGUAGUAAAAGCAAAAAAAAUAAGUGAGCCAAAUGAAAGGAUUGAAAGACAUAAACUUAUUGAAAUGACUGACCUUCAUAAUAGCAUAGUGAUGUUAGCUGCUGGAAUUGCACCCAAAACGUCUCAUACUCAGAAAACUCGUACAGAAAGUGAGAAGUUGCAACAGCAAAAUCUUGCAAUUGGCAUAAUUGAAUGGUUGAUCGAUAACUGGGUUAAUACCUCUUCACAUGACAGUAAUAUUAACUGUCAAUGUUUACGAAAGAUUUCAGGUGAUGAGUUGUACAUUACUCUUGCAUAUAAAGAUUAA